GCCUACUAAUCAUCAUUCCUUUUACCUCGGCAUAUGCUCCCCGAAUCUCUCCUUAUCCCCCUUGCAAAUUGUCACUCCACAAGUCACAAACUGAAUACAACCUUCUCUCUCUCUAAUGGCGUCCUUGACGCCAGUGCUUCAACAACAUAACAACCUUCUUUUCACUUUCACCUCAAAAUAUAACUCUUCUCUUAAUUAUUAUGUAACGAAGCCUUUCGCUUCUACAUCAUCUUCUCUGUUUUCAUCGCCAUCACGUCCCUCUGUAGUGCGCCUCACGCGCGUUUCCACCGCGCCUGUAGAGUACGCGCCACCACCUCCUGAAGACGACGACUUCGAGUUUCACAAAGAAAUCUCCAGGCUAAAAGCAUUGAAAUCCAAGCUUGAUAGUUGUAAUAAUUUGAAGGAUAGAAUUAGAGUGAUUGACUCUGAUACUCGUGUCAAUUCGUUUUUUUAUUCGAAUAAGAGUUCGUUUCGGAGGGUUUUGGAGAGACUGGAUUUGGAUGAAUAUGAAGUUUUUUUGCUUAAAGGUGUGGUUGCUGCUGGGCAACAACAUGUUUUUGGUGAUAUUUGUACAGAGUUUGACGCGAAAAGAAGUUCGUUGAAGAGUGCUUUGUAUGCUUUGGCGCAUGUGAUUGAGAAUUGGGAUGUAAAUGACGGUAUUCGUGGUGGCCGUGGGGGUGUUGAUAAUGUUUAUGGGUUUGGAAAUGAAGAGUUUGAGGCAUUCAGGUCAAUGUUGAAAAUGAUUGGAGAGGUCGAGCGGGUUUAUGACUGCAUUGGAGGGAUAAUUGGGUAUCAGAUCAUGGUUCUUGAGCUUCUUGCUCAGUCAACUCUUGAACGACAGUGUCUGCCCCUUCACUCCCAUAAAUCUCUCAAUCGUGAGAUAAUAGAAAUUCAUCCUCCAAGUGUGCUUGAUCUUUCUCAGGAUUUAGAAUAUGCAUCUCAAGCAGCUAUAUGGGGAAUUGAAGGAUUGCCAAACAUGGGUGAAAUAUAUCCUCUUGGUGGCUCGGCAGACAGGCUGGGUUUGGUUGACCCAGACUCAGGUGAAUGUCUUCCUGCUGCAAUGCUUCCAUACUGUGGGCGUACUCUAUUAGAAGGUCUUAUAAGAGAUCUUCAGGCUAGGGAGUACCUGUAUUUCAAGUUAUACCGCAAACAAUGUAUCACUCCAGUUGCGAUCAUGACAAGUGCAGCAAAAAGCAAUCAUGAGCGUGUCACCUCGCUGUGUAAGGGACUGUGCUGGUUCGGAAGGGGAAGAUCAAACUUCAAACUUUUCGAGCAGCCUCUUGUUCCAGCUGUUAGCGCAGAAGAUGGGCAGUGGUUGGCUAGUGGACCAUUCGAACCUGUAUGCAAGCCAGGUGGUCAUGGGGUGAUCUGGAAACUUGCUUAUAAUGAAGGUGUUUUCCAGUGGUUUCACGAUCAUGGAAGACGAGGUGCAACCGUGCGGCAAAUCAGUAAUGUUGUAGCGGCUACAGAUGUGACUCUUUUGGCUUUAGCUGGAAUUGGUUUGCGCCAGGGAAAGAAACUGGGCUUUGCUUCAUGUAAGCGAAAUCCUGGUGCUACUGAAGGCAUAAAUGUUCUUAUUGAGAAGAAGAAUCUUGAGGGGAAAUGGACUUAUGGUAUAUCCUGCAUAGAAUAUACCGAGUUUGACAAGUUUGGAAUGACAGAUAGUCCCCUUUCUUCUUACAGUUUACAGGACGAGUUUCCUGCCAAUACAAAUAUUCUAUAUGUUGAUUUGCCCUCUGCUGAGCUUGUAGCUUCAAGUAAUGAUGAGACUAGUUUGCCUGGAAUGGUGCUUAAUGUGAAAAAGGCAAUCACAUUUGUGGACCAGUUUGGAAGCAAGCAUAGUGUUCCAGGUGGCCGUCUUGAAUGCACAAUGCAAAACCUUGCUGACAACUUUUUCAAUACACGCUCAGCUAGAUGUUAUGACGGUGUCGAAGAUGGACUAGAUACUUUUAUUGUAUACAACGAAAGAAAGAAGGUGACAUCAUCUGCCAAGAAGAAACGUAGACAGGGUGACAAGUCGUUACACCAGACUCCAGAUGGAUCACUGUUGGAUAUAAUGCGUAAUGCCUAUGAUAUUCUUUCUUGCUGUGAGAUAAAACUUCCAAAGAUUGAAGGUAAUGAAAAGUAUGUUGACUCUGGGCCUCCAUUUCUAAUUCUUCUCCAUCCUGCUCUAGGCCCCCUUUGGGAAAUAACUAGACAGAAGUUCCAUCGAGGUUCCAUCUCUAGGGGUUCGGAGUUGCAAAUAGAGGCUGCUGAGUUCUUGUGGAGAGAUGUGCAGCUUGAUGGGAGUUUAAUCAUUUUAGCUGAGAAUGUACUAGGUUCAACUAGGAUUGAUGAAAAUGGUGAAACCAUUCUACAGUAUGGAAAAAGGUGUGGGAGAUGUAAGCUGGAGAAUGUCAAGAUAUCGAAUGGUGGAAUUGAUUGGAAUGCAAGAGAAAAUUUAUACUGGAAGCACGAUGUGCAGCGGUUUGAGGCAGUAAAGGUGAUACUUCACGGAAAUGCAGAAUUUGAAGCAGUGGAUGUUAUAUUGCAGGGUAAUCAUUUGUUUGAAGUUCCAGAUGGCUACAAAAUGAAGAUAACUGCAGGAGAUUCAGGGUUAGCAGUUGAGCUUAAACCAAUUGAGGAUAAGUUGAUGGAGUGUGGAAGCUGGUUUUGGAACUACAAGAUAAUGGGCAAACAUGUUCAGUUGGAAUUGGUGGAGUUAUAGGAGGAUUGACAGAUACCUUACCCAUUUCUUUUGUGAAUCAUGGUUCACAACUGGGGCUCAUAACUGGUUCAGACUUUGGUUAAACAAAAGUUGAACCACUCGACUCUCCAUCAGUUUUGUGAGGAUGAGUCUUAAUGCCAUAUAAUAACCAUGUAAUUGAGGCUGUCUGUAAUUUAGUUGUAAAUCAUGUGUGUCACAAUUUGACAACUCUUAAUACCACAGUUGUAUAUUUUAUUUCAUUUUUUCCGUGCAAAUGUAAAUAAUUGAGUUUCACUCCAGGUUUCCUGGUCAUUGUUGUAUGAUUCUAUGACAAAAUUGAUUCUAUGAAGAUAAUGCUUGUGGAUC